GUAGAAUACCAACUUUCAACAAGCUAGCCGGCAUGCUCCCUUCAGUGUCGACCUAUUUCUGCUCUUCCAUCAGUGGGACUCCAUCGAAAAAGCCUUCAUAAUAAUACGAGUAUGCGAGAUUCAGCCGAAUCCGUGCCCCAAAAUAGUCGAAGACCUACCCUAGCAUCAACGAAAUAUUCCAUGAGGUUGACCUCUCACUUAAUCCACGUCUUUUGUCUCUCUGUAAGAGCGUCCUCGGGGAGACUCUGCGCGGAAUCGAAAUCAACCCAGAGCACUCUAUCCUUCUCUCCCGAAUCGCCUCUGACUGCGCCAGCAUAGCAGACUUCAUCAACCACUAAGCCUGCGACAACCCCAGCAACAAUCUCUACUUUAUCAUACACAAUACA